AUGCUCGCUGCGCAGACGAUCUGCUGCAUUGACGGAAGCUUCGGAGAGGGCGGUGGCCAGAUCAUCCGCAAUGCAGUCUCGCUUUCGACGCUUCUCUCGAAACCGAUAUCCAUCCAAAAUGUUCGCUUCAAUAGGCGUCCCCCAGGGCUACGGAAGCAGCACGAAGCUGGAAUCAGACUUGCAGCGGACAUCGCUUCGGCCAAAACAGUCGGUGUGCACCAAGGAUCCACGUCUGUCGAGUUCACGCCAAGUCGACUAGAGCUACCUCGAGUUCUCGCUGCCGAUCCAGGCACUGCAGGCUCAACGACACUUCUACUCCAAGUUGCUCUCCCGUGUCUAUUGUUCUCGUCGUCGACGUCUAUAGAGUCUGCAUUGACGCUCAGAGGGGGCACAAAUGCCUCCAUGGCCCCACAGAUUGACUACACACUUCAAGUCUUUCUUCCAUUUCUUCGGCGACGUUUCGGCGUCGACAUCGGUCUAAAAAUCGUCCAGCGCGGAUACUUUCCCAAGGGCGGAGGCAGCAUCUACUGCACCAUACCACCGCUAAGCAAGCCUCUUCAGGCGAUUACAAUUCUUGAGCGCGGACCCAUCAAGAAGAUAUGGGGAGAGGCGCGCGUUGGCGGGCUGCCGGUGGUCAUCGCAAAUAAGAUGAAAGCUGCCGCAGAGGCCAAACUAAUUGCAAAAGGGCUGUCCUCUGGCCUCAUCAGGAUUGAUGCGCUGCGAGAACGGCAACAAGACGCAGUGGCCAGUGGCGGUGGCAUUGUUCUCUGGGCAGAAACCGAAAAUGGUUGCGUGAUAGGUGGAAGCUGCGUCAGUACAAGGGACAAGGAUCCCUCCCAAGUCGGAGAAGAGGCUGCGCAGUCAUUAUUGGACAAUCUACAGCACGACGAAUGUGUUGACGAGCAUCUACAGGACCAGAUGAUCAUAUUCAUGGCGCUUGCUGAGGGGAAAUCAACUGUAAGGACAGGCCCUCUCACUGAGCAUACGAGGACCGCGAUUCAUGUCGCAGAAUUGAUGACGACAGCUCGUUUUACCGUUGAGAAAAUCGGGUCGGGUGCACAUACCAUCGCUUGUGAGGGAAUAGGGUAUAAACCUGCCUUUGAGUGCCCCUAG